AUGGACAUGUCUGCAUCUGGUACGGAGGAAGUUGAAAUUCAUCGCACUCCCACUGAGCCAACCGAGCAAGCCACGUCACCUUUGACGUCGGAUGCGGAAACAGAACCUCUUUCCAUGGACGAAGAGGAUGGUAUGAAUGUGCAAAAAAGUGUAGAAGAUCAUGUAUCAAUGCCUCAGAAGGAGGUUCAUAUGGAGCCCUCCGCAACAUCCGAGCAGCCAGCGGGCCAGUUGGGCGACGAGAGUGACUUGACAGACGAGUCCGAUCAAGCCAAGCCAAAUCCUGAGUCCAUUGAACACGAACCUGUGAAAGAAGAUGAAGAUUCGUCUCUCUCAGAAGACGUUGGUGAUCAUACCCUGAAGCCUGGCGGUAAUGAGGCGGAGUCACAACACAGCGCUUUAGAUGGUCUCGCUGUCUUGGCGGCAUCGGAGACAGAGGGUGAGAAACAUGAAGAUGUUGACGCGAUCGCUCCUUCAUCAUCCGUUUUGACGCCGGAAGCCUCGCAGGACGAGGCAACAGAAGACAUGGAAGCAGAUGACGAAGGAGAAGAGGACGACGAGGAAGAGCCCAUACCAAAUAAAGGAGCACGUAAAGAGCCAUCUCUGCACCGUGCCGUCAUGGCUGCUGUAGGAAAGCGUCGUGCAGCAGCCACGGGUGGUGCACCGAGUCUGCUCGUGCAGCCCGAUGCAGAUGCCUCGAAUCCGCCAUCAGCAAGCACGAGCCGACAGGGCAGUCCCGUGGAAGACGUGCAGACCAAAGAAGAGACACCGGCAGAAGAAGAGUCUGCUGAGACGGGUGGGCAGGCUACGGAGGCUGCUGAGAACGAAGAUGAGGCCUCCGAUCAUCGCCAAGAAGCGCUCGAGCAACUGACGCGCAUCGAGUUGGGCUUUGUUAUGCUGCGACAGCGACUUUAUGCAGAACGCAUAGAGGAGUUGGAACGCGAGGCAAACAUGAUCCAUCAGGGCACGCAUCCAGAAAUUCAAAUGCUACAUACCCUUAUUGAUCUGCGCAAGGAAAAGCGACUCAGGUACCUGGGUAUGUGGCUGCAGUGCCGCCUUCGUGAACAUGAACGGCGGGCGCAGGCGGAGGAAAAGAUUGCAUGGGUCAACUGGCGCGACCGUGCAGCAUCGUUGCGACGCGAUAUGAUGGGUGAGAUGGACCGCAAGCGACGCAAGCUGGAGCGCGAAAAGCGCAUGCUCGAUGCGCCGCAACCCAUGCGCAGAUAUCAGCCAUUCGAAGCUGAAUUUGCGCACAAACCACCUUCUUAUUCGCGGUGGACACGGCAAAGGCCUGACCAGUACUUGCCCUAUGGUGCCUCACUGCGAGACCCACGCAGCUUUGUGGCCUUCCCGGACGUUCGCGGCCUAGAAGAGUACGACGCGUGGAUGGACAUGGAGCAGAUGGGCAUUCGUCCUGUGCCCAUGCCGCCACCCACGUACUUGCGACCUGAUGACAUGCCCCCGCAUGAGAUGUACGCUGCGCCAUCGUACGCGGGCGGCUUACCUGGCAGCGAGCCUAUGGGAUACUAUGGACCGCCCGAGGCGGGUCCGCCGUACGUCGAGCAUUCACGGCCUUUGCCGCCGGUGGCCGCGCCAUACGAGGGCAUGUACGUCGAGCCGAUGGAAAUGUCAUCGCAUCCUGCAGAUCUUGAAGGGGCACCGCCAGCGGCCGCACCACCCCUGCCCCCGUCGCGAGGACUCCCAGCCCAGCUCGGACCGCCGCCGUCUGCUGCAGGUCGACCGCCAUUUGCGGCCGAGCAGCCGAUGGGCAUACCCAUAUCGCAUGUGGUACGUGCAUAA